AUGGAAAAAUAUAGCAAGGUGAUUAAAAAAAAUGAAGGACUUCUGAAUUCUUCUUCCGUGGAAGGAUUACAUUACAAUAAAUUUUCAUCAGAUGAUAGUGUAUAUAUAAAAACGAACAAUUUAGAUAAGAUGUAUUAUGCAUAUAAUAAUAAUAAUAAUGAUAGAAAUAUUGUUAGAAAGGAUUUUAUGCCUAUUGAAAAAUAUGAAGAUAUAAAAGAAGAUACAAAUAGUAAUAAUUAUCAUAAUAAUAGUUAUUAUGGUCGUCAUCAUCAUAACCAUAUACUUAAAAAUUACAAAUAUGAUCAUUACAAUAAAAAUUGUUUUAAAAAAUAUGAUGAUUUCAAUAAAUAUUAUUUUUUAAUACCAAACAAUAAGAUCAAUGCACAUAUAGAUGAGCAUCCUAAUUAUCGUCUUAGUAAUAAAUUAAAAGGUACAAAUAUAAAUGAUCAUUUGAAUGAUCCACAUAUAUUUAAAACAUCAGAAUAUAAUUAUAAAAACGUAAUAGAUAAAGACACAUCUUAUCAUAUGUAUCCAGUGCAUAAUAAUAAUAUACCUUUUAUUCAUAAUAGGAAAAGUACUCAUACAAUAAAAAAUAAAAAUUGUGAUUUCAAUAAUAUCUCACAAAAUUUGUAUGUUUCUUCUAACCCUUAUAUUUCUUUAGACUCAUAUGAUAAUAUUAUAUAUUCUCCUAAAAUAGGAAACUAUCCGAUUAAUUUAAAUGAAAAUAUUUUUAUUGGUUCAAGAGAUAUGAAUUCGUCUUCAAGACAAAUAUACAAAUAUAUAAAUAAUAAUAAUGUGGAUAGUCACAUGAAUAAAAUGAAUGAACACAUCCAUGCUAGCGGAACAAAAAAUUACACAUUACAAGAAUAUCCUCAUUAUAUAUACGAAUCUAAUGUUAAUAUUGAAAAGGUUUGUGAUAUUAACGAUAAUAAUAUUUGUGGGGGCGCUAAGAAAAAAAUUAUAUCAUAUGAUCUGGAAGAGAAGAACCACAAAAUGGAUGAUAGUAAGGAUAAUAUCAAAAGAAACAUUAAUAAUGUGAAUUAUGUUAAAAUUAAUCAUAUCGACAAGGAGGACAAAAAUAAAAAGGUAAAUUAUGAUGAUGAUAAAAAGGUAAGUGAUGAUGAUGAUAAAAAGGUAAGUGAUGAUGAUGAUAAUAAAAAGGUAAGUGAUGAUGAUGAUAAAAAGGUAAGUGAUGAUGAUGAUAAAAAGGUAAGUAAUGAUGAUAAUAAAAAGGUAUAUUAUGAUGAUGAUAAAAAGAUAAAUGAUGAUGAUAAUAAUAAUAUAUCAAAAGAUAUAAGAUAUGAUGAAAAGAAUAAUUUUAUGGAAUGGAUGUCACAUAACAAACUUAUGAAGAAUAUUAUAUCAUCAUAUAAUGAAGAUGUAAAUAUAGAGAAUCAUGGUUUAUUCAAUUUAUUAUUUGAUAUAUAUGGAUUUAAUAAAGAUAUCUUCAAAGAAUAUUUGGUACAUAAUAAGGAAGAGACAAUAAAAGAUGUUAUAAAAAAUAUAGUUAAUGAAUUAUCAAAUGAAAAAAAUAAUAAAAUAUCAGAAAAACUAAUUUUUUUAAAAUAUUUAUUUAAUGAAUAUGGUCAUACAGAAUAUCCAAAUUUAAUAUCUUUAAAAAAUUUUAAACUAAUUUUUAAAAAUUAUAAAAAUAUAUUUUCUUCAGAUAAAAUUGUACUAUUUAUAUUUAAUUGUUUAGAUAGAGGAAAAAGAUAUCAUAUCACACAAACAGAUUUUAUUAUUGGUAUGCUUGCUUGUAGUCCUCAAAUUAACAAUGAUAUUUCGGAUGAUACGGGAAAAUUACGUCAUCAAUUAAUCUUUAGAGCAUAUGAUUUAGAUAGAGAUGGAUAUCUUAAUGAUAAUGAAUUUCUUGUUUUCUUAUAUCAUAUUUAUGAACUAUCAAAAAAUUUACAAUAUUCAAAAUUGAAAAAUGAUAAAAGAAAAUUGAAAGAAUUUGUUAUACAGGAGAAAAAUAAAAUUAUGAAAGAUAAAAAAAAAAUAAGUUAUGAUAUAUUUUAUCAUCUAGUUCUUACUAAACAAAUUCAAGGAACUACAAAUUUGCUCAGAUCUAAUUAUGACGUUUCUUCAGUAGUCAAGAAAUAUUUUCUAUACACGUAUGCUAAAAAUUUUAUAACCGACACAUUUAUAAAUAUGGAUACUUCUUUUUUUAUAACCACAAAAAAAAAUAUUAAAAAUGAGCACCUCAAAACACAAAAUUUACCAAAUCAUGAAAAUGAGGUACAUAUUAUACAUAAUGAUGAAGUCAUAUGUAAUCAAGAGGACGAUCAAAAAGGUAAUUACGUGACAAACCAGGAUGAUAACCUAGCUCAAGAAAAAAAAGAAACACAUUCUGAAGAUCAUUUUCAUGAUAGUAUAUCAAAUAAUAAUAGUUACGCUGAUGUUAAUGCAUGCAUGGGGGAAAUGUAUGCUGCAUGCGAUGAGAGUGAAAAGAAUGUAGAAGAACACCCAUAUGAAUGUGUACGUGAAGUGGUUCAUUCGGAAAAUGAACAAGCAGAAAAGUGUGUAGAGGUAAAGGAGGAGAUAAAAGGAGACAUGAAUUUCAUACAAAGUGGGGAUGCAGCAAGUGGGGAUGUAGAAGCUGCAGAUGUAGAAGGAGCAGGUGUAGAAGCUGCAGAUGUAGAAGGAGAAGGUGUAGAAGCUGCAGAUGUAGAAGGAGCAGGUGUAGAAGCUGCAGAUGUAGAAGGAGCAGAUGUAGAAGGAGCAGAUGUAGAAGGAGCAGAUGUAGAAGGUGUGCAUGUAGAAUGUGCAGAUGAACAAAACAAUGACCAUAUACCUACAAAGGACAAAAUAAAUAAUGAAGAUGUUUUUUUUGAUAAUAACAAUGAUAAGGAACAUAUAAGAAGUAAUUCAUCAAAUGAAGAAUCCUUUACCAAGCAAUUAAAGGAUGAGAUAAAUAGCUCCAACGAAAAAGACGAUGAGGAAAAAGAAGAUAGUUUAAAAAAAACUGAGAACUUAAAUGAAGAACAUAUAGAAAAAGAUGGAAAUAACUUAUCAUACCUUUUAAAUAAUAAUAAUAAUAUUGUGAGUUGCAGUGGUGUGGAUAUAAAAAACAAUAUUUCAGAAAGAAAUAUAAUAUAUAAUAUGAAUGACAAUUUAUAUGAUAAUGUUGCCAAAGAUAGAUAUAAUUAUUUUGAACAUGAUAAGAAACAACCUAUAAAUAAUGAAGAAGAUAUUAAUAAAAAUAAUAAUAAUAAUGAUAAUAUGAAUUGUAAUACACAUAUAUCAUAUAGCAAUAUUAAUAAAUUUGUUACUAAUAAUAAAGAAUAUUUUAUGAAUAAUAAAAAUAAUGAAAAUGAUAAAAAAAUGUUCCCUUCAUAUAAAGAACAAAAAAAUUCAACAAAUAUAAAUAAAAGUUUACCUCAUUUUGGUAAAAAAGAAGAUAUACAAGAUAACGUGAUUAAUAAAGAAUUACAUAUAGAACAUAUAAUAGAAGAUAAAAUUGAGAGAAUUAAAAAAUUAGUUAAAAUAUAUCGAGAAAAAUAUAUUACAGAUCACAGAUUAAAUACAUUAAAUCAAGAUAUAGCAUUCAAAAUAUUUACCAUGUUUUAUAAAGUAUGUUAUGGAAAAAAGAAACAUACAUAUACAUCUUUUUUUGAAAAGUUCCAAAUAUGUACAUACAAUGAUAUUCUUCUUUUAUGUGAUGAGGUUGCAAAAUUAUUUAAAAUGGAAAACUCAUUAGAAAACGUUACAUUGCCUUGUAAAGUUUUUGGUGAUGUACAUGGAAAUUUAUUUGAUCUUUUGGACUUCUUUAAUUUAUAUAAUUGGCCUAUGCAUAAUAAUAAGAAUUUAUUACUUACUGAAAGCGAUUUAAGAAAAUUUGAAUAUAUCCAUAAUGAUAAAGAUAUACAUAUAGAUAAAAAUAAAGAUAUGCAAUAUAAUGAUAAUGACAUUAAAUAUGUAUUUUUAGGAAAUUUAAUAAAUAGAGGAAAUUAUUCUUUAGAAGUUAUUUGUUUGUUAUUCAGUUUAAAAAUUUUAUUUCCAAAACAUAUUUAUCUUUUAAGAGGAAAUCAUGAAGAUAGAUUAUUUAAUUAUAUUUAUGGUUUUUAUAAAGAUAUCGAAAUAAAAAUGAAAACAAAUAUGGAAUAUAUGGGAAUUAUAAAUUAUCAAGAACAAGUUAUUUCUGCUCAUUCAUAUGAACUAUUCAACAGAAUAAAUGAUGUUUUUGAAUUUUUCCCAUUAUGUGUUUUAUUAGAUAAAAAUAUUCUAUGUAUACAUGGUGGUAUAGGUGAUAGUGUUAUGACUAUUUCAGAUUAUCAACAUAUACGUAAACCUAUUUUAAUUCCACAAAAUGUAGAUAGAUAUAGUAAUAAUAAAAGCGAACAUGUCAAAAAAAUUAUCAUUGAUACUUUGUGGUCAGAUCCUAUUAAUUAUAAUGAUGAACUAGAUUUACAAUUAUUAAAAAAUUCAUCUACUUAUGAUAUAAUCCCAUCCAGAAGAGGAAAUAUCACAUUCAAAUUUGGAAAACAUAGACUUAAUGAUUUCUUAAAAAAUAACCAACUCAAACUAAUUAUAAGAGGACAUGAAUGUGUUCAAGAAGGAUAUAAAUAUUCUUACAAAAGAAAAUUGCUAACCCUCUUUUCAGCUAAAAAUUAUUGUAACAAAUAUAAUAAUAAUGCAUCCAAUGCAUUCAUUGUGAGGAAAAAUAAAAAUAUUAUUAUCUUUAACCAAAUAUUGAAAUAUCAACACAAUUGUAAUACACUUAUAAAUAAUGAAAAUAAACAAGUCACCAUAAAUCAGCUACAAAAAUAUAACUUUUCUAAUGAUAAAUCGAAUGAUAAAAAAACCUCUCCAUUUUUUAACAAUACACAUCUGACAAAGAAAACAUUUGCUGUAUCUCAUGGAUAUUUGUCAAAAUGUGAUGAAGAACUGAAUGAUCAAUUGAACACCCAUCCUUCUAUGAAAAAUUGUUCAGGUAAUAAUAAAAAUUUUAACAAGGAUGCGGAUAAAAAUUAUAUGAACGGUUCAGGUGAAAAUAAAAGUUUUAACAAGGAUGUGGAUAAAAAUUAUAUGAACGGUUCAGGUGAAAAUAAAAGUUUUAACAAGGAUGUGGAUAAAAAUUAUAUGAACGGUUCAGGUGAUAAUAAAAAUUUUAACAAUGAUGUGGAUAAAAAUUAUAUGAACGGUUCAGGUGAUAAUAAAGAGGAUCUUAAUAAUAGUAGCAGUGUGCCCACGACUAACAUUAAUGAGCUUAAUAAAAAUGGUGCAAUAAGUAUAUGCGAAAAUGAAGUAUUGAUGAAUAAUAAAUAUGGGGUGGUUUCAAAUAUGAGUGAACAAAGUAGAAACAGUACUGAAAAUGUGGCUAGUAAUAAUGAUAUGGAUAUAAAUACAGUAAACCAAAUAAGUAAAAGUAUAAUAAAAAAAAAGUGGAGAGACACAAGAACGAAUCAAAAUUUGAAUUCGAAUAAAAUGAAUAGGAAUAAUAAUUCACAAUUGAUUAAUGAUAUGGGAUCUGUUAAUAUAUAUAAGGAAGUUGAAUAUGAAGAAGAUGAUAAGAUAGAAAAGGAGAUACAAAGGGAGGAACAGAACGAUAUACAAAAUAAUGUACAAAUCAAUUUACAGAAUGAUGUACUAAAACAAGUUGAGAACAUAAAUGUUGAAAUAUCGAAUGAUAAUAUGCACAAUAAAAAUGAUGUGCAUUAUAUUUCUAUGAAUGAGAUAAAUAGUGAUAAAAUAAAAAGUAGUCAUAUUAAUGAUAAUGUAUAUGAUAAGAAUGAAUCAUCAACAUUUUCCUUUGAACAUAAGGAAACAUAUGAUGAAAAAGGAGAUAAUGAAAAAGAACAAAGAAACUUGGAAAGAGCAGAUUCUGAAAAAAAGAAUAUUGUAAAUGAUGAUUAUGAUUUUUAUAGUUAUGAUGAAAUAUAUAUUAAUAGUUUAAUAAAUAGUAAAAUAUGGGAGAAAAAUGAUGAUGAUUAUAAAAUAAUAGAAAGGAAAGAUACAAAUGAUGAGUUAUAUAAAAUUGAAGAUAAAUUACAGAAACAAGUUAAUAUACAUAAUGUUAUAAAUGAAUUUUUUAAUAAUGAAGAAAUUUAUCAAGAAAAAACAGAUAGUAAUUAUAACAUGUCAAAUGAAAAUGAGAGUAUAUCAGGAGAUAAUGAAAAUUCAAAAAAAAAUUAUUAUUCAAAAUUAUCAAAAAUUAAUGAAAUGUAUACUAAUAAACACAAUGAUGGUGAUAAAAUAGAUGAGCAAAUGAGUGAUAUAAAUUCUGUAGACUUAAUAAAUGAAUUUACAUCAAAAUCAUUGGAUUUUAUGAUGCCACCUAAUUUAGGUUUAGGAAACAGAACGCAAUUAAAAAAGGAUAUAAGUAUGAAGGAAAAUAACAAGGAUCAAAGGAAUAAUGUUACUACCUUGAAAUCAUUAAGAGGGGAUAAUAAUAUAAAGGAUUCAUCAAAUAAGAUGCAGAUGCAGUGCUUGCCACCUGACCCAAAACCGCAAACAAAAAUUACCUUUCAAAAAAGUUUAGAGAAAAUUAAUGAUUCGUAG